AUGACAUUAGCUGCUUUUAAAGAAGAUUUAGCCAUAUCUCUGUGCAAAGUUGGUCAGUCAACGUCCACUAGAGGAAGGCCGUCAAAUAUCAUAGAGAAUGCACUAAUACAAAAAUCCAAGAAACCGAAUGCUUUAAAACCACCAAAUCAAGAUCUAUGCGUGGAUUGCAUUGAUCACUGGCCGAUCGAUGCAUCAACGAGGAGUCAUUGUAAAAUGCCAGGUUGCAACGGAUAUACAUGGCAAGCGUGUGAAAAAUGUCAAUUUGGAUUAUGUGUUGGAAAGGGAAAAACUUGCUUUAAAAAAUAUCAUACUACCUAA